GAUCUCCGACAAGCCGAGACGCAUAUCUCUUAUUUGUUGUUGUUGAUAAGCAAACGUUACAAGCACGUGAGCCGGGUUACUGUGAAACGUUUUUAUCUGAACGUUUAUUAUUAUUCUUGUAUGGAUUUCGAAACACUAUUGCAGUUGUAGUAGCUCUCGCGCGCGUUACACUCAACGAUAACUCGUAAGGGAACGAUUUCCUACUAACAUUUUCGGUGCUUACGGCCAAUUACAAUUCGCUUUCGUUUUUGGUUUUCUUGUUACACAAAUAAAUUAUGGACGAUGAAUAUACAGUUGGAGCAUUGUGUGAUUCGAUUGCAUCACAAGGGAAAAAAAAUAAAACCAUUAAAGGUGAAAUUAUGCAAAAGAAGAAAAAAGUUAAGAAACAACUUAAGACAGAAAUAAAUGCAAUUGAUUUACCUGAAAAUUCAGAAAAAUCAAAGAAAAAAAGAUCUAAGAACAAUGAUUUGCCUAAAGCCAAAAAACAAAAAACAGAUAAAAAUUGUUUGACUACUCAAAAUGAAAUUAUAGAGACCAAACCACAUAUUAAUGAUGAAAAUCUAAUAAAAAAUAAUAUAAAAUCAUUAGUGUUAAUAAAAAAAAAUAAAAAUAGUAUUAACUUUGAAAAACAAAAGAAAAAUACAUUUUUCAAAAAACCAGAUAUGAAAUCUUCCGCUGAAUAUAUUGAAAAAAAACCAGUAUCAUUAAUAAAAAAUGAAAAAGUAACUGAUUUAGAAAUUAAAAAUAAAAAUAUUGCUAAUUUUGAAAAACGUAUUAAGAAAAAAAAAACCAAAAAUGAUAAUUUAAAACAACCAAAUGAUAAAUCUAUAACAAUUCUAAAUAAAAAUAAAUUUUCUAAGAAACCGGAUAUAAAAUCAUCUACAGAUUAUAUUGAAAAAGAAUCAAGAACCGUGUUUGUAGGAAACGUUCCAGUUAAUAUUAAAAUGACAUUGAUAAAAAAAUUAUUUAAACAAUUUGGAGAAGUGGAAACAACUAGGUUAAGGAGUGUUGCAGUCAAUAACCUUGAGGUGCCUAAACGUGUGUCUAUUAUGAAAGGCGAUUUUCACCCACAAAGAAAUACUGCAAAUGUGUAUGUGCGUUUCAAAACUGUUGAAGAAGCACAACGUGCUUUGGUUUUAAAUGCUACUACAUUUGAAGGGCACACAAUAAGAGUAGAUAUGGCCUUAAAUUCUGGUCAUAAACAGAAUAAAAAUAAAGGAAUAUUUAUUGGAAACCUACCUUACAAUAUUCAGGAAGAUGAAAUAUGGGAAUUUUUCAAUGAUUGUGGAAUAAUUUCUGCUGUACGCUUAGUUCGUGAUAAUGCCACUGGCGUUAGUAAAGGUUUUGGAUAUGUAGAUUUUGAGACGAAGGAAUCUGUAGAAUUGGCAUUACAACUUGACGGGAAAAAAAUUCAAAAUAGAGGAAUACGUAUUAAAAGGAUAGAUGUCAAACCUAAUGCAAUUAAGGGGUUCAACAAACAACCAGUUCAAUUCAAAAGAACCAAAAAAGUGGGUAGAAUGAACAGUGGUCAUAAUUUCCAAGGAGAAACAAUGAAGCCAAAAAUGCAAAAAAAGAAACCAAAAGCAACAAAAACUGAUUUAAUGAGAAAGAAGAUUGCUAAACAAUUAAACGCUUGAAUUAAUUUGUAUAAAUUAAUAAAACAAUUGAUAUUGAUUA